UGUUUACCUUUUUUGGUUGUGUCACACAACUUGUGUGUUUGUUUCUUGUUGUUCCGGUGUUUUAUCGCUGUGGACUUAUUUCACUUGAAUUCUCUUCGACUUCGGUGCUCUUCCUCAUUACUAAUAACCAAUCAUGGACACAGCCCAAAGAGUGUUGCAAACACUUGAUGUACUGGUUGAUCCUAAACUGGGCGAGGAUAAACAAGCAAUAGCUGCUAACAAUCUCGUUGUAUUGGCUAAAGAAAGAGCCGGUGCUGAGCUAAUAAUUGAAAACAAAGGAAUUGAAAAGAUUUAUAACAAAUCCAAUACUCUAAAGUCAAUUAAAAUCUACUUACCACUGAUUCGAGCUCUAAGUGAGAUUUGUAAACAUGAAGACUCUUUUGCUCUUAAAGUGCUACGGAAAUUCAGCAUCGAAUCUUUUUUGUUACUUAUGGUUGAUCAGUUCACCUCUGAAGAGAAUGUGAUGGCAGUUCAAUAUUUGGUUCAAACGAUAAUCAAUAGUUUAACUGGAUUUAAUCCCAAAGAUAAUGUUCGACCAUUCGCAGAGAAAAUGUCCACUAAUAAAGCCGUGAUCGAUGAUAUCCUGAUUGCAAUCGGUAAAAGAACUAGUUCCAGGGCGAUGUGCGCUGAAGGCCGAGAUGCUCUACUCGAACUUGUCUCACGUAAUGUUGGCCAUAAUGCUCUUAGCAAAGGUCGACUUCUAGCCGAUUCAGACUGUUUAGGAAACCUUUUAGAUGUCGCAUCGGAGCUCGAAGACUUGAAGUGUGAAUCAAGUAUGUUGAUCACUCGAAACACUAGAAGUUUAGUUGCAAUCGCUCUUGAACGUACUUAUGAAUGUAUGGAUUCGGAUAAACUUCGAGCAUUUUUCAGGGAACAAUGUAUGGAAUAUAUCAAAGAUAAACUACGUGGGGGUGAUGUUGAGAACAGAAUUCGAGCAAUUGCAGUGAUAACAGUUCUACUUCAGGGUCCAGUUGAUGUUGGAAAUUUCUGCAUCAGUCAGCAAGGAAUCGUCGAGAUGAUGUUGUUAAUGGCUAAAUCUGACGACGACGAAAUACAACAAAAAGUUGCAGCGGAAGCGAUUAUUGCGGCUGCUUCGAAGAAAGAGAAAUGUACCUCGAUCGCUUCUAUGGGAACGGGAAUACUCAAGAAUCUUUAUCAAUCUCAGAAUGAAAGUAUCAAAGUUCGAGCGCUUGUCGGACUUUGUAAAAUCGGUUCCGCUGGCGGAGCUGAUGCCUCUUUCCGUCCUCUUCCAGAUGAAUCUAUUCAUAAACUCGCCAAAGCAUGUAAAAAGAUUAUAACUGACCAGAGUAAAGAUCGUGAUAUAAAAAAAUGGGCUUCCGAAGGACUCGCUUACCUCACUCUAAAUGCUGAAAUAAAGGAGGAUUUAGUUGAAGAUAAAGAUGCAAUGAGAGCUUUGAUCAACUUGGCACGAACUGGUGAUUUGUCUUUACUUUAUGGUAUCGUUACCACUUUCGUGAAUCUCACCAACAGUCAUGAUAAGGAGAUAAUGCCUGAAUUGAUUGAACUUGCGAAGUUUUCAAAGCAACAUGUCCCUGAGGAACAUCCCAAAGAUUCAAAAGAGUUCAUAGAAAAACGAGUUAAAAUGUUGGCCUCAAUGGACGUUACAUCGGCGCUGGUCUCUCUCUGUAAAACUGAAAGUAUCUCAAGUCGUGAAAUGAUCUCUAGAGUUUUCAGUGCAAUUUGCGAACAACCAGAACUUCGAGGUAAAGUCGUGGCUCAAGGAGGCGUUAAGGCUCUUCUCAGUCUUUACUUGAGUAGUAACACUGGAAGAGGAAAAGUAAUCGCUGCUCAAGCCUUAGCUCGAAUCGGGAUUUCGAUAGAUCCAACUAUUUCUUUUCAAGGUCAAAGAUCAAUUGAAGUUAUCCGUCCAUUAAUAAGACUACUUGAUGUUGAAUGUUCAGCAUUAGAAAAUUUUGAAUCGCUCAUGGCUCUUACAAAUUUGGCCCAAGUUGAUGAAACUGUUCAACGAGCCAUUCUCAAAAAUGGUGGAUUCUCAAAGAUUGAACAUUACAUUUAUGAUGAUCAUCCGAUGUUGAAACGAGCAGCAACUCAGUGCAUUGCCAACUUGAUUACAAAUCCGGAAGUUGUUAAAAUAUUUGAAGAGGAUAAUGACCGAGUUAAAUAUUGGCUCUAUCUCUGUGGUGAAGAUGAUCGAGAUACUAUCGUUGCUGCGUCUGGUGGCUUAGCGAUGAUAACAGGAGUUAGCGGGAAAUGUUGCGAAAAGAUUUUCCUUGCGAAAGAUUGGGAGGAAAUGCUUUUAGUACUUUGCUCGGCUUCCGAUUUGGAUAUUCAACAUCGAGCCUUAUUCAUUGUGAAGAACAUCAUUUUCACCAACAAAUCACUCGCUGAGAAAAUUAUUGAAACAAAAAUUUUCAGCGUUCUCAUGGCAAUAACACUUCCUCAAGUAGACGAUAUCGAUGAUAAACUAAAACUAAUCGCAAAAAAUAUUCUGGAAAAGUGUCAAUCAUAUGAUCUCAUCAAACCAGCGGAAAACAAUUAAUACUGUUAAACCUCUCAUAUUUUGAUCUUUUUGACUGCAGCCAUUUGAAGAUUAUCAAUCAGAAUUCAAGAAAAGAAAGACAAUUUUGUUCAUGGACUGUAACUUUUUAUCGACAACAGUUAGACCUUGUAUCAAUUUGAUUGGAAUGAUUAAAGUAACGAUGGAAUAAAAAGUUUAAAAAAUGA